GGAGGGCGGGCGGCACCUGCCGGGCCCAGCGGAGCUGCCCAGCCCCGUGCCCGCGCCCUCCUUCCCUCCCGCCCGCCCAGUGCUCAUGCGCCCGCCGGGGGUUUAAAGCGGGAGCGGCGGCUGCGCUGGGCUGAGCGGCUCGGCGGAGGUGCGGGGCAGCGCGCAGGGCGCGGUGCGGUGACUCGGCCGCUCUCCUGGGCUCGGCUCUGGGCUCUGCCCCGCCGCCAUGUGGCUCUCGGCCCUGCUCCUCGGCGCAUUCCUGCUCUCCGGCCCGGUGCGCGGCAGAGACAGCUCGGCUUCUACUGCUAUCACAUGCUUUACAAGAGGACUUGACCUCAGAAAGGGAACAGAAGAUGUCCUUUGCCCAGCUAACUGUCCUCUGUGGCAGUUUUAUGUCUUUGGGGAUGGAGUUUAUGCCUCUCUUUCAAGUGUCUGUGGAGCUGCCAUCCACAGCGGGGUGAUUACCAACACAGGAGGAGCUGUAAGGGUACAGACUCUCCCAGGACAGGAAAACUACCCUGCUGUAAAUGCCAAUGGGAUCCAGUCUCAGGUGCUCUCUAGAUGGGCUUCAUCUUUCUCAGUGACUGGUGCCAAGGACACAGCACUUGAAGCAGUGGGACGGUCGGUGUCGACAGCGCGUCCUUCUACAGGCAAAAGACCUAAGAAGACUGUUGAUAAAAAGGCUGGAAACAAAGACUGCAAAGCUGAUAUUGCAUUUCUCAUUGAUGGAAGCUACAACAUUGGCCAGCGCAGGUUUAACCUGCAGAAAAACUUUGUUGGAAAAGUAGCUGUAAUGUUGGGAAUUGGAACUGAAGGGCCUCAUGUUGGAGUCGUACAGGCCAGUGAACAUCCAAAAAUUGAAUUCUAUCUGAAAAACUUUACUGCUGCAAAAGAAGUUUUGUUUGCCAUAAAGGAAUUAGGGUUCAGAGGAGGCAAUUCCAACACAGGGAAAGCUUUGAAGUACACAGCUCAAAAAUUCUUCUCUUUGGACAAUGGAGCCCGGAAGGGGAUUCCCAAGAUCAUUGUAGUGUUUCUGGAUGGCUGGCCCUCAGAUGAUCUAGAAGAAGCUGGCAUAGUGGCCAGAGAAUUUGGAGUCAACGUGUUCAUUGUGUCUGUAGCAAAACCCACUACAGAGGAGCUGGGAAUGGUACAAGACAUUGGCUUUGUUGACAAAGCUGUCUGUCGAACCAACGGCUUCUUCUCGUACCAAAUGCCCACCUGGUUUGGUACUACCAAAUACGUAAAGCCUCUUGUCCAAAAGCUUUGCUCACACGAGCAGAUGUUGUGCAGCAAGACUUGCUACAACUCGGUCAACAUCGCUUUCCUGAUCGACGGCUCCAGCAGCGUGGGGGAGAGCAACUUCCGCCUGGUGCUGGAGUUCGUCGGCAACGUGGCCAAAGCCUUUGAGAUCUCCGACAUCGGCUCCAAGGUGGCGGCCGUGCAGUUCACCUACGACCAGAGAACCGAGUUCGGCUUCACAGACCACCUCAGCAAGGACGCGGCGCUCUCGGCCGUCCGCAGCAUCCGCUACAUGAGCGGCGGCACCGCCACGGGCGACGCCAUCUCCUUCACAACCAGGAACGUCUUCGGGCCAGUGAGGGACGGACCCAACAAGAACUUCCUCGUCGUUCUGACUGACGGGCAGUCCUAUGAUGAUGUUAGAGGGCCCGCUGCAGCUGCACAGAAAGCAGGAAUAACCAUCUUCUCUGUUGGUGUUGCCUGGGCACCUCUGGAUGAUCUGAAAGACAUGGCUUCUGAACCAAGAGAAUCUCAUACUUUCUUCACCAGGGAAUUCACAGGACUGGAGCAGAUGGUUCCUGAUAUUAUUAGAGGCAUCUGUAGAGAUUUUUUGGAGUCUAAACAAUAAAAAAAAUAUCUUCUGUUCACUAUUCCUAUUUGCAGCUAAAAAUCAAGAAAUUGGAAUGGUCCCUCUAAAGUACAGAUGUUUUAUUCUUAUAUAAGCUAUCAUAAUACAGAGGAAGAAGAAGGGCUACUUUUUGUUUCUGUAAUCAAAGAUUCUUGUGAGCUUGUUAGAAGUUGUACCUGAUACUGAAAUGCAGAAUUUGGCCAACAGUUAAUAUUUUCAGCAAGCAUAUUGCAUCCCAAAAUUUAAAGCUUUGCAUAUCAUGCACUUGAGAAUAGCAGAUACUCAGAGGAAGUAAUACAGCUCUGACACUUUUUCUGCUAUUUGCUAGAUACCUUCUUAUGAUUUAAAAAUAAUAUUACUUUAAAUACAAGGUACUAUCUUCUAUAAGCUUUCUGUAGCUUACAGUUGUGAAUCUUUUCAAAGUGUUCUGCUCACAACACAAAGUACUUUCAGCUCUCCUGUUGUGCAACAUCCAUUAUUUCCAGGCAGCUUAGGAAAAGAUAUGACAGAUUGUAGCUGAAAGAGUCUAUUUUUACUAGUUGGAGUUUUGCUGGAUCUGGUUGGCAAAUUUUACAUCAAAACUCAUCUAACUUCUACCCACAGAUUUCUGUGGAUCUAUUUGGUUGGUUCUUUUGGCACAGGAUUUUAAAGUUCUUUGAGGAUCUGGAUUCUAACGUAUUAGCUACUACUGCUGCUUUCUGCACCACUGAAGUUAACAGUGAUAUUCCAAGUAUAACUGACAACCGGAUAUUUCCUGUCUGCUGCUUUGUACUUUCUUGAUUUGACAAAGUUGUUAUUGGCCAGACUGUUAGAGACAGGAAUUGUGGGCCAAGAGAUUAAAUUAGACCACACAGUGGGAACUGAAAGCAUUCAAAUAUAAGUCCAGAGGUAUGUCUAAACCUAAUAGAUUUAUAUCAGAUUACAUGGUCAGAAAAGAAGAGAGUAGACAGACCCAUUAAGUGGGAUUUAGUAGUUCACAGAAUAACAACUUCAUAAUGGGAGUAAAAACAUCUUUAUAGAUGUGUGAGGUUUUCCUGAAGAUGAAAGAAUAGUUUUAUUGAAAAAGGGUUUCAUUUGAUUACAUACCUAGUAAUGUUGAUAUAUUCAUGUGCACACACAUGUGGUUAAAAGAAUGUGAUAUUCACCAAGUUAUUCCAAAGUCCUGGUGUGAAUAACAUACUCCAAAUAUUCUUUAAAAAAUAAAGGGGGGUUGCAAAUAAAAUGUAGAGUAGAAAACAAAACAGCACUUUCCCUAUCAGUCUGGGGUUUCCCUUUUUUCUCUCUCCCACUAUUGAUUGUAAAAUUUCUAGUAGUUAUGGAGUGGCACAGAAGGGAUUGUAUUCAUUGGGCUUUUGCUGUGCACUUUUUAAUAACUUAUAACUGGCUAUAUAUUACUCUAAACAUAAAUGGCAAAGAUGCCUUGUAUUUUUCUAGUAAUUGUUAUCCCUAAUUUUGUUACAUGUUUAUAGAUAAGAGUAUUAAGCUUUUGCUGUAUAAAUUCAUAUGCUGUAUCAACUUUGUGCAAAAAUUUAAUUAAUUUAGUUUAUAAACUUUUUAUAGAAAUACAUAUUGCAAGAAAACUGGGACUGCUGCUAUCUGUUUUAAGAUCUCAUAACACAGAAGUCUUUUUAUGAUGAA